GGCGAGAUACGUAUAAAUCCCGCUACAAUUUCUUUAUUUAUAUACUAUCCGUCUCAUCUCAUAAACCCCUGUACCCCAAGAUGCGUAUGGCAAGUGUGCUUUUACGAACUCGCAAGCCACAAAACGAAGCGGAUAUACCCUUUCAGGAAGUACUGCCGUUAAAACUCAAAAGCCAUGUUAGUGGUAAAACGGACAAAUCGAGUGAUGUAGCAUGUCUGCAGGAAAUGGCUGUUCUGUUUUCCUGUCUCAAAACGAACGACUUCAAUGAGAGCCUCUGCUCCAAGGAGGUGAGCGGUUUUCAACGAUGUUACAAAGUGUACCUCGACAACAAGACUGCCAAAAAGGAAACAUCCAGCAAAGGAAUGCUGAUCCCGGGCAAGGAUCUCAAUUACAAGCAGCUAAACAAGGUUCUCAAAAAAUAUCCUACGUCGGCUCAGCGGUAGAUGCGCAUGGUUGUUACCGGAUGUGAGGCGGGAGUCCUAUGUGAG